AUGGCCCUGGCCAUGACUUGCGUCGUCUGCUGCAGAAGGAUGAAAACCUCUCCCCCCUCCCUGCACAUCAACACCUGCUGGCGGGAGAUCCGAAAUAUCAUAAGGUUCACUGGCUCCCUUAUUCUCGGAGGUUCUUUAUUUUUGACAUAUGAAGUUCUGUCCCUGAAGAAAUCUUUGACGCUGGAUACGAAAGUCGUGGAAAAGGAGAAAAUGAAGUCCUAUAUCUACGUGAAUGCCGUUCCUUUCGACAACAGGGAAAGUUAUGGGAUCACCUACCAGGCGAGAAAAGAACUUCAUAAAGCAGUAAGGAACGUCCUGGUCACGUCAGCCAAGAUACUGCGGAAUCCAUUUGCCGAGACCUUCAGCACAGUGGACGUGGCUGACCACGAGUGUCCCGUGUGGCUGCUCCUGAGGAAAAGCACGUCUCCUGACAAGGCUGUGCGGCUGCAGGCUGUGCGGGAGAUGUCGCAGGCCCACCAUUGGCACGAUUACCAAUACCGCAUCAUCGCCCAGGCCUGCGACCUGAGGACGCUGGUCGGCCUGGCCCGAAGCCAAGAGAGCGAUCUUCGCUUUUUCCUCCCACCGCCACCUCUGCCAGCCUUGAAAGAGGACUCCUCCAUUGAGGAGGAGCUCAGGCACUUGCUGGCAGCUUUGCCACAAACAGAAGUGGACGAAUGUAUCCAAUAUUUUACAUCUUUGGCUCUGAGCGAAACCAGUCAGAGUCUAGCUGCUCAGAAGGGUGGCUUAUGGUGUUUUGGUGGAAAUGGCUUGCCUUACAUGGAAAGUUUCGGGAAAGCCCCUUCAGCCACAGUAGAAACCUUCUGUUUGGAAGCCAUAGUCAAGCAUUCUGAGAUUCCCACGCACUGUGAUGAGAUCGUGGCGCUCGGGGGCCUGCAGCUGCUGCAGCGGCUAUACCGGCUAUACCGGGACUGCCCCAAAGUGCAGCGCAACGUGAUGCGGGUCAUCGGGAACCUGGCCCUGAACGAGCACCUUCACCCCGUGAUCGUUGGCUCAGGCUGGGUUUCCCUCCUGGCAGAAGCGCUGAAAUCCCAGCGAAUCAUGGAGGCCUCCCAUGCCGCCAGGACGCUGGCCAACAUGGACCGAGAGACCGUGCACGAGAAGUACCCGGACGGUGUGUAUGUGCUGCACCCACAGUGCCGCUCCAGUCAGCCCAUUAAAGCCGAUGUCCUUUUUAUUCAUGGCCUUAUGGGAGCAGCCUUCAGAACAUGGCGCCAGCAGGACCGCGAGCAGGUCCUCAUGGAAAAGGUUUUGGAGGAUGAAGACAGGUAUACCACCUGCUGGCCCAAGACGUGGUUAGCCAGAGACCUUCCUGCGCUCCGCGUCAUCUCUGUGGAAUACGACACCAGCCUCAGUGACUGGCGGGCAAGGUGUCCCGUGGAAAGAAAGUCCAUUGCCUUCAGAAGCAGUGAGCUCCUGGGGAAGCUCCGCGCAGCAGGGGUCGGGGACAGGCCCAUCAUCUGGGUGUCCCACAGCAUGGGGGGUCUCCUUGUGAAGAAGAUGCUGAUCGAGGCCUCCAAGAGGCCCGAGCUGAGCGCGCUCAUCCGCAACACCCGGGGCGUCAUCUUCUACAGCGUCCCGCACCACGGCUCGCGCCUGGCCGAGUACUCCGUCAACUACCGCUACCUGCUCUUCCCCUCCCUGGAGGUCAAAGAGCUCAGCAAGGAUUCCCCGGCACUGAAAGCCCUACAGGACGAAUUUCUUGAAUUCGCGAAAGACAAGAACUUCCAGGUGCUGAAUUUCGUGGAAACACUGCCAACGCACAUCGGUAGCAUGAUUAAACUCCACGUGGUGCCAGUGGAGUCGGCAGAUUUAGGCAUUGGAGAUCUGAUUCCUGUGGAUGUUAACCAUCUGAACAUUUGUAAGCCAAAGACCAAGGAUGCUUUUUUGUACCAGCGUACCCUCCAAUUCAUCCAUGACACUUUAGCCAAAGACCUGGGAAACUGACGGUGUGACUAUGAUGUCGGUGUAGCCUGGAUCUUCGCAGGGAGAGGACAUGCCUGCAGGCUGGGAGCCAGGCAGUGCCAACACAGAUAUAAUGCUGGAGAGCAAAAGCCACUCCCUGGCAUGUGCGGGCCUGGAAGCAGAGGGCAAGGCUCGAGGUUGGCAAAGAACCCGUCUGGGAGCUGCCUCCCACUCCCUCCCUGAGGGGCACAGAUGCAGGGUGGAGGGGAGGAGGCUGGCCCACAGCAGAAACGACUCUGCUUUGCUCUGGUUGCACACCGGUUCAGCUUUGAGACCAUGACCGCAAACAUCUUUGCAAGAACUCGCGGGGUUAAUGCCAUGUGACCGGCUCCCAGUGCUUCUCUCACUCUUGCCGAGGGCAAAGCUUUGUCUUUUUUUUUUUCUUUUCAAAGCCUAGCUUAUACUCAUCUUCCCAGGCCAUAGCCACCUGUACUUACACUCUGCCCAGGUAAGGAUAGAGCAGCUCUUCCGGGGCUGGCCAGAGUGUGGGGUCAAAGCAAGCCGUCAUGCAUAUUAGCAGCACUCGGGGUCAAGAGUCGCAGAUUCUCAGAAGCCAAAUAGACUCGACCUUGCUCGCUCACUUGGAAAUGGUCUGAAUUGACCUCCAACCUGUGACCAGUAAGAAAUCAUGUUGACAGAUCAUGAAGUGGCUGCUUUAUUGAGAGCUGAUUCACGUACUAUAAAAUGCCCCCUUUCAAACGGUCAUUGAGGGCUUGUAUUCACCACUAUCUAAUUCCAGAACCUGCCUGCCUUCACCCCCAAAUGCCACCCAUACCACGAGUCCUCCCAGCCCCUGGCGAUUCCCAGUCUGCUCCCUGUCACACAUGUGGAAUCCCAUACUCUGCCACUUGCACCGAGCAUGUUCUCCUGGCACGCUCAUGUGUGGCCUGUGUCUGAGCUGCUGUUUUCCCUAUUGCUGACUGAUGUUUACACGCUUGGCUGUUCCUGGGCCCUUUCCAUUUCGUGGGUAUCAGGAGUCAUGCUGCUAGGAACACUCCAUACGACGUCUGUGUGGAUCUAUGCUCUGAUUCUCAGUAGUGGCUUUUGUGGAAUGGGAUGGUCAGUGCCAACAGUGCAUCUGCAGGUGAAGCAGGUGACCCGUCAAGCCCAUCAACGGCUGCCUGGCUGCAGAUGCAGCACCAGCACAAGUGCCUCUGAUGGGCUUGGCUGCAUACACGGCCAUGUGAUGGUCACCCACGGCAGGGUGCGAGGUGACCAGGUGGUGAGGGGGAAGGGUCAGGUAGGUUUGCUGCGCUUUCUUUCUCUGUUUGCCAUACAACCUGGCAGCGUCAGCACUCUGGAAACCGCUGCUUGUGAACUGGGGCUGAUGGGAUGGGACCUCAUUCUCGAGACCCAGCACCCGGUCACAGCUGUGCUUCUCAAGGAAGCACCGGGCAGGGGUUCUUCAGGUGCCACCUGCCAGUGGGCAUUCUUUCCAUCAAGCUGCCAUCUGUCCACCCAUUCACCUGUGAACCGCAUACGACGCAGCCAGACUCCAUCAGUUUUGUGAGAUUUAAGUCAAUUUUUUUUUUU